AUGGCCGAUAUCCCCAACUUCAUCUCCACCUUGGAGAUCGCCCAGAAGAAGGAAAAGUUCACCCCCGAAGUCCAAGAAGCCGCCGCCGGAAUCGAUGUCGAGACCCUGAAGGCUGCUGUUGCUGCCGCCCUCGCCGCGGGCGAAACUGACGAGAUUUCGGACCCCGCCCAGGCCGCUGCGCUGAAGGCUGGCUUCGAGUUCGCCGUCAAGGCCUGCCCCCGCCCCUUCGAGAAGAAGGACCUCUAUGUGUAUUUCAAGGUUGCCCGGGGAGAGGUCGUUGAGAAGCCCGGCAUGUUCGACAUGGUGAAGAAGCAGCUCUUUGGUGAGUGGGAGAAGGUCAAGCACUUCAGCAAGCCCAAGGCCGAAGCCCUCUACAUUCAGUUCGUCGACACCUACAUCGGCAAGUACGGUACUCGCGACGAGUAA